CCAAUCAAUCUAAAUAUUACCUUGAAAGCCGGUUUUCUCUCCCUUUUGCAGCCUAUCCACCUCUCUUCUCUCUUUCUCCCAGGAUUAGGAUUAGGAAUAGGAAUAACAUCCUCCCCAAGCUAAACAUAUUCCAUUUUCGCCCCUUCUCUGUUUCUCUGUUUUUUGUUGGAAAACAGGGCAGGGGAUUUUCUUUCAAUUCUCAUUCUUCUGUAAUGAUCUCUGACACUUAUUUCAUGUGUAUUUGUAUAUAUACCUGUACGUAUAGCUAGAGACGCGAAGCAUUUUCAAUUCGUUCUUAACCAUGGAUGUCGGAAUCCAAGGAGACGGAGGGAGGGAGGAGAAACAACGGCGAGAGGAAAAUCCGACGAGAGUGUCGGAUAUUCUCGAGGAAGAUGAGGAGAGAAAUCCACGUGGCGAUUCAUCGCCGAGGGGAGUUUUGGAGAUUCCGACGUCCGGCUCCUCGGAUUCCGACAACAACAGCAGCAUAAACGGCGAGAGGAGCAGGAGUUUCGGCUCUCCGUCGCCGUCGUUACCGGACUUGAAGGCGGCGGCGACGGAGGGGGAAGCCAACGACGCGGAAGAAGAAGAAGAACUCCCCGGCGGCGGCGGCGGCGGAUUUGAUCCCACGGCGAUGCAGUGGAAGGGCAUUUUUUAUCAGAUAAAGAGGAAAUCGGCGAAGAGUUUCCCGAUUGUGCCGUUGUUCGGUUACUUCGGCGGAGGACAUGAUAUUAUAAGAAGGAGCCGGCGAAUGUUUUUCAGCCGGAACCGGUGCUCCGACGACAACAUUGAUUGCGGUGAUUUCUCCAUUGCAAAACCUUCCUGGAGAAGUUUUACCUUACAGGAACUCACCGAAGCCACUGAUAAUUUUAGUUCCGAAAAUAUGAUUGGGAAAGGAGGACAUGCGGAGGUGUAUAAGGGGCGUUUGGGUGAUGGGCAAGUUGUUGCGGUGAAGAGGAUAACAAAGGAGGAUAAAAACGACGAGGAUAGAAUUGGAGAUUUCUUGUCUGAGCUUGGGAUCAUUGCCCAUAUCAAUCACCCAAACGCCGCUAAACUCAUCGGUUUCAGCGCUGAUAAUGGUUUGCACCUUGUUCUUCAGUAUCUCCCUCAUGGCAGCCUCGCUCUCGUUUUACACAGUGCAACAGAAACCUUGGAGUGGAAAAUAAGGUUUAAGGUGGCUGUUGGCGUAGCAGAAGGAUUGCACUAUCUGCACUGCGUUUGCCAGAGGCGGAUUAUCCACAGGGACAUCACUGCCUCCAACAUAUUGCUCACGGAAGAUUAUGGACCUCAGAUAUCAGAUUUUGGACUGGCGAAAUGGCUGCCGGAUAAAUGGGGCCACCACGUAGUUUCUCCGAUAGAGGGCACUUUCGGAUACAUGGCGCCCGAGUAUUUUAUGCACGGGAUCGUCGAUGAGAAGACAGAUGUCUUCGCCUUUGGCGUUUUGUUGCUAGAGCUUAUUACAGGUCGUCAGGCAGUUGAUUCAUCCCGACAAAGCCUUGCCAUGUGGGCAAAACCACUGUUGGAGCAAAACAACAUAAAAGAAAUAGCAGACCCGCGGCUAGGAGACGCUUACGAUGUGGUGGAAAUGGAGCGCUCCAUGUCCGUGGCGUUGUCGUGCAUUCAACACCUACCCAACAUGCGUCCCAACAUGAAGAAGGUUGUUGAGGUUUUGAAAGGGGAGAACGAGCUGAAGGUUGAAAUGAGACAGAACAAGUCGGUGGAAACGUUACCCAUAGAAGACUACACCUCCACAGCUUACCGCGAACAUCUGGAUCGCCAUAUGCAGCUUAUUAUGGAGUGAUCGAUCUAUCAUCAUAUCCUUUAAUUUUUGUGGUUACGUACGUUGUUGCAUUAUUGAUGGAUACCGGCACGUGUUUAAUUUGGCAAUUUGAUUCAAUCAAUGUUGUCUCAUCUAAUGUAUGUUGUGUUAUGUCGGCUUGGCAAAUCGCUUCAAUGUUUAUGUGUAUAGAAAAAGCCUAAAUGGGAGAGUGCUUUAGCAAGAAGUAAUUAGCACCCAAAGUUUCGGCUGUACGUACGUGUUUUGUUUACGUCGUCAACGUUGUUGAGUCAGAACUCAGAAAGUGUUGCUUUGCAGCAAAUAUAUUAUAAUUUAAAAUAGGGAGCAUAGCAGCAUAAGAUUAUGCUGUCGAAAAAACUAUUAAGUGUUUAAUUUUUACUGCGUU